AUCUGAUGAGGAACAACACGAUAUAUUUUAUGAUGAUGAGGGUCAGAAUGGCUCCUCCUCUUCUUCUGGUCUUUCUGCUCAUGAUUCACGGGGUUUCUGGUGAUGAUAAUGGUUGGAGUGUGAGUUACAGUCCUCCACACAUCUGUGCACUAAAGUACUCAACAGUGAUAAUGAACUGCACUUAUACAUACCCUACUGGAUAUAAGAUCGAGAAAGUGUUCUGGACUAAAACACUGGUAAUGGAUAAUGAAGAGCCUCCAGAUCUGUCUAAUGACCCUGAAUACAGUCAGAGGCUUCAGUAUCUGGGAGAUAAACAGCAGAACUGCACCGUCAGACUGAGUCAUGUGACACUGAAGGAUUCACACAUGUACUAUUUCAGAUUCAAAACUGAUAGACCUAAUGGAAAAUGGAUUGGUAAAUCAGGAGUGAAUCUUACUGUCACAGGUGACUUUGAUCUUCAGGUGGAGUCUCCUGAGAGAGUGACAGAGGGAGAUUCAGUCAGUCUGACAUGUAAAAGCAGCUGCGCUCUGACUGACAGAGCAACAUUCAUCUGGUACAGAAACUCACAGCCAUUAACUGAGAGAAGAGACAGAAACAAUGAAACGAUUGUAGGAUCUGGAAGAAUCUUCAUCAUCUCAAAGAUCAGAUCUGAUGACAGUGGAGAAUACAAGUGCAAGUCCAUCAAUGAACAUGGAGAGAAAUACUCUGAUACUGUGACUUUAAACGUCAUGUAUCCUCCCAGAAACGUCUCAGUGUUGAUAAAUGGAUCUGGUGUAAUAGUGGAGGGAGAUUCAGUGACUCUGAUCUGCAUCAGUGACUCAAAUCCUCCUGCUGUGAACUUCAGCUGGUUUAAAGGAGGAACGAUUGUAGGAUCUGGAAGAAUCUUCAUCAUCUCAAAGAUCAGAUCUGAUGACAGUGGAGAAUACAAGUGCAAGUCCAUCAAUGAACAUGGAGAGAAAUACUCUGAUACUGUGACUUUAAACAUCAUGUAUCCUCCCAGGAGCGUCUCAGUGUCCAUCAUUCAGUCUGGUCAGAUCUGGGCAGGAGAUUCAGUGACUCUGAAGUGCAUCAGUGACUCAAAUCCUCCUGCUGUGAACUUCAGCUGGUUUAAGGAGAAUGAAACCUCAGCUGUUGGAUCUGGACAGAGUUUCAGUGCACUACAGAGUGGACGCUUCUACUGUCAGGCUCACAAUCAACAUGGAUCUCAGAGAUCAGACGCUGUAACUGUCACAGUUCAUCAUGUUGCUGGUAGGAAUGUGAUUGUGAUCACAGCGACAUCUGGAGGAGUAUUCAUCAUCAUCAUCAUCAUCCUGAUUAUACUAAAGAAACGAAGGAGUGUUAAAGUUGAAGAUCACAGAGUGAAAGAGAUCUCUGAUCCCAAUGAAGACACAUAUACAGCUCUUGACCUCAAGUCCACGACCUCUGACCUGUACGACACACUCGCAACCGUUGAUCGCAGACGUCCUGAAGACUCCUGAAGACUCUUGAUCCUCAACAUGAGAAUCCAUCAAUCAACAGGAAGAAGCUGCAGAGAGAGGCGGAGCACAAAUGAACCAAUCCUGAGCUCUGUGGGCGGAGCCUAAGAUGAUUGAUUUUAUUCUGAUCUACUGAACAAAAUCAUAAUUAUGCGCAUUCACAAUGGAAAAUGUAUCAGCUUUUUUUUUGCUCUCAGAGUGCUCAAUAUUAUAAGCUUCUGUCAUUAUAUGUUCCUGUAACUCUCCCUUUAAAUGUUCAAUUGUAUCUGUGAUCAUCUCAUAUUUGCUUUUACUAACCUUAUGAGCGCAUCGAUACUGUAGUGUUGAUAUAGCGAUACUCACAAGCUACUUUUUUGGUAUUGAUUGUAUUAAAAAAUAUAAAUAAUUAUAAUUAUAUUACAAAACACGAGUUUCUGCAUUAAUUUUAUUUGUUUUCAAUACUUUUUCAUGUUAAUGAAUGUGAUUUACCUUUAAAGUCAUCAUG